AUGACAACAAACUUUCACGAACGACUUUCAAAUGACCUUACGGGGCUUCUCGAGAAUGGAUAUGAUCAUAACGUCAUCAUUAAAGUUGGAGAACAUCAAAAUGUUCAAUCGUUCCAAGCUCACUCGGCCAUUCUAUAUCAACGAUCACCAUUUUUUCGACGUAAACUGACCGAUAUACCAAUGAAUUCCCGAGAUGUUAAGGAAAUCAGGCUUGACAACAUUUCAGUUGAAAGUUUUGCCAUCAUUAUUAAAAUGAAAGACAACUUCAAAGAGGACAAAUCGUGUGCUUGUAUGCAUCACAAAGGAUACGAAAGACCCAUUAGAAGUUCGAAGGCGCAGUUUUCGGUGGAAGAGUACGAAGUUUUUAAAGUUUUUAACAAACUAGGAUUAAAAAUUCCGAAUGCGCAGUGA